AUGAAUAAACGGACUCUGGUGGACUAUGAAUCCGGAUCCGAGUCCGAUCCUGGAAGUCCAUCGGACAACCCCGAAACGAGUUCGUCAGUUAUUCGUCCACAGUCCAAGAGGCGCCAGACCAGUGGCAGUGGCAUCGGUGCCCAGGACCCACCCUCGGCUCCGGCUCCGACUCCCGCUGCCCCACUUAACGGGAACUUUGGCACCCGCAUUACUCCGCCAAAACCGGCCCCAAAGUCAACGUCACCUCUCCCAGCACUCGGUGAUAGAUUCAACGAUAUAAAUCCCUCUAACCCUCGGACCGCUGUCGCCGACGAUCCUUCCCUGCACCAUGGCCGUCAGCGCCAGGUUCCCCACAUCCCCGGCAACUGGCCAAGCCACGUAUAUAUCGAUUGGGAGCCCAGCUCAGGUGAUCGUGAGCUCCUCACGUCUCUUGUUGACAAGCUUAAGGCCGAGGCGAAAUCUGCUGCCCAGCGGUCUCCUGAUCUUGAGGGUGUCGAAAUUCACACAGCCUUGCGGGAUUCAGAUUUACCCGUGAACAGGCCAUUGCACAUCAGCCUGUCGGCUCCAAUUACACUGACCUCAAACAACAAAGACGACUUCCUUGACGAUUUAACCAAAGCGAUGAAGUCAUGCCGCGUGAGCCCUUUUGUGCUGGAUUUUUCGGGGGGUGUCAAUUGGUAUCGAUCCGAGGAAAGCACCAGAUCGUUCUUGGUCCUGCGGGUGCGUGAGGUUCAGAGUAGUACUGGCAACACUGCAAAUUCGAGCCCCAACCCACGACUGACCACCCUUCUUGAAAAAUGCAACAAGAUCGUCAAAGAGUACGGCCAACCGCCACUUUACGAGUCUAAGGAUAUGGGCUACCGCUUCCACGUCACGAUAGCCUGGACCCAUGCUCGUCCAAGUGCAUCGUUAAAGCAGCUGACGGACUCGGUCUUCGACGACUGCGAAACCAUGCAUAGUGAAAACGUGUCGAUCAGAGACAAGCUUCGUACUGGCUUAAGUCUCCCCGUUCAAAUGGUCAAGGUCAAGAUUGGAAACUACGUUACCAGGCUUGAUCUACGCGACAAGGGCCUCGGCUUACCGGUCAAGACUGCAUAG